AUGAGCGCAAACUUACGUUCAGUUCCCGAUGCCUGGGAGGAUUCGUGGGAGACCCAAGCAGAUCAAUUAGAUUCUACGCCUACCCCGCCGUCCGAAAAGAAAGUCUCAUCGAAAGUGACCAAGGCGCAACGCAGGGCAGAACAUGCAGAGUUCAAUCGCCAAUUAUGGGCUCAGGCCGAGAACACAGAGACGUUCCAUUUCGCCGAAGCGCGCGCCGAUGUGCCCCUCAAGCAAGACUUCAAGCCAGCAGUCACACUACUAAGCCGGAAACCUCAAGUUAUGGGAAGAAAUUCCCCAUCGAAUACAGUCGCUGGUGCAACGGCUGGACUGGGUCGGCUCGGACUCGAUGAAGGCGAUGAUUCGGGCGACGAAAAAGAUCCACCCCAGCUAACGGCCGAGGAACGUCAUGCUAUUGCCCUGAAGAAUCGGGAGGAGAAACAGCGGAAAUACGAAGAAGUGCGCGAACGCUUAUUUGGAACAUCAUCUGCUACGGGCUCAGGUGCGUCGUCCGGUAGUACGACACCCCCUCGUCAAACCCACACAGGCGAGGGCAGAGCGAGAGGCAAAGGACGUGGCGGAAGAGAUCACCAGAAGCGAGACUCAUCGUCAACCUCCAACAAGUCAAGACAUCUGUACGAUCCAAUUGCGCCUAAGUCAAGUAGUCCCUUCCCGCCCAGGGGUGGGCGUCAGCAGGUGGAGCGUACCAAUUCCGAUGGUCAAACUCCGCAGCAGCCUAUGCGCAACCCCCGAGGCCCUGAUGCAAGUGGAAGAGCUGGUUUUAAUUUCAAUCGCGGUGCUCGAACUGGCUAA